UCCAGAUCGGGAUUUUUGAGCAAAUCUAUAUCACUUCGCGAUUUCCAUAUCAAAAUAAUAGUUGUUAACUUAUAUAUUGUUUAAGUGAAUAAAGAAACUUUGAAGACAGUAUGGCUACGUUGGAAGAUAAGUCCAUAUGGGAGGAUGGCGAGGAAACUCUUCGCGAAGAAGUUCUUCGCAUGUCGACAGAUGAAAUAGUAUCGCGUACACGUUUGAUGGACAAUGAAAUCAAAAUAAUGAAGAGCGAGGUGAUGCGCAUCUCACACGAACUCCAAGCCCAGAACGACAAAAUCAAAGAGAAUACAGAAAAAAUAAAGGUCAACAAGACGUUGCCCUACUUGGUUUCAAACGUUAUCGAGUUGCUCGACGUCGAUCCACAAGACAUGGGCGAAGAAGACGGAGCUGUUGUCGAUUUGGAUGCUCAACGCAAGGGCAAGUGUGCUGUGAUCAAGACAUCAACCCGUCAGACGUACUUUCUUCCAGUGAUAGGAUUGGUGGACGCCGAGUCUUUAAAACCAGGUGACCUUGUGGGAGUUAACAAAGACAGUUACUUGGUUUUGGAGACAUUACCUGCUGAAUACGAUGCUAGGGUCAAGGCGAUGGAAGUUGACGAACGUCCGACGGAACAGUACUCUGAUAUUGGUGGCCUUGACAAGCAAAUUCAGGAACUCAUUGAAGCUGUCGUGCUUCCCAUGACCCACAAAGAAAAGUUUGAAAACUUAGGAAUCCAGCCACCAAAGGGUGUCUUGCUUUAUGGACCACCAGGUACCGGGAAGACCUUGCUGGCAAGAGCUUGUGCAGCACAAACAAAAUCCACAUUCUUAAAGCUAGCUGGACCUCAGCUGGUGCAGAUGUUCAUUGGUGAUGGUGCCAAACUUGUCAGAGACGCCUUCAGUCUUGCAAAGGAAAAGGCUCCUGCAAUCAUUUUCAUUGAUGAGUUGGAUGCUAUUGGUACCAAAAGAUUUGACUCUGAAAAGGCCGGUGAUCGUGAGGUCCAAAGAACCAUGUUAGAGCUCCUGAAUCAAUUAGAUGGUUUCAGUUCUACAGCUGAUAUCAAAGUCAUUGCUGCCACUAACAGAGUUGACAUCUUGGAUCCAGCUCUACUCAGAUCAGGAAGAUUAGAUAGGAAAAUUGAAUUCCCACAUCCAAAUGAAGAGGCGAGAGCGAGAAUCAUGCAAAUCCACUCAAGAAAAAUGAACAUGUCGCCUGAUGUUAAUUUUGAAGAAUUGGCCAGAAGUACAGAUGAUUUCAAUGGAGCUCAAUGCAAAGCUGUUUGUGUUGAAGCCGGUAUGAUUGCUUUGCGUCGUAAUGCUGUUGCAGUAACGCACGAAGACUUGAUGGAAGCAAUCAACGAAGUACAAGCUAAAAAGAAAGCCAAUCUUAAUUACUACGCCUAAUUUGUUGAUAUUGAUAUUUUUAUUUUAAAAAAAUAAGACAUUUUAUAACUUCUUAUACUGUAUAAAUAAAAUUAA